AUCGCGAUAACUAUCAGUUUAGGCGCGAAAUCAAUUUGGCGUCAGUGUUACAGAGACUGACGUGACUACUGAGUGACUGUUCGUAUUAGUAGUACUCCUACUUUGUAGAGAGAUUAUAGAAGAAGAACUAGCUAGGGUUUCUUCGGUAGAAUUGGAAAAUGGAGAACCAGAGAAUAAAAAGAAGCAGAGGAAUCGAAGUGAACACCAUGACCAUACUCGAUGCCUCCGGAUUCAAGAAAGACACCCAAGACCUUAUAGACGACAGACUUGCAUUUAUUGAAGCUGUUCGCUCUGCUUCUAUCGCUCCAGAAAAUGGAAUUGCCCCAACCAAAAAAAUGUGUGAGGCAAUUUUUGAAAUCUUGAAGGAAGAUAAUUCACUUGAACUAAUAAUGGCAAGUUAUCGGCUUCUAACCGAGCUAGAUAAGCACUUUCCUCGUGUGUAUGCAUCCAAAUUGGAAAAGUCAGAGAUACCGUCACCUAGUAGUGUUCCUGAACUGGUUGUGGUUGAAGAGGCCUGGUCACCUUUUAUCUCUGGCUCAGACAGCGAGAGAGAGGAUGCUAAUAAAAAUUCUGGAUCACUGGACUUCGCUGGUUUUGAAAUUCUAAUACAAGACCUAGCUAAAGCGGCUGUUGGAAGAAAGAUGGAAGAAUUUGAAACAAAGUACCUAAGGAAUAUGGUACUACUCCAGUAUCUCAUCAGUGUUCUUGAAGGCGAUUUUGUUCCUCGGAAUUCUGUGUUUAAAGAAAAUAUGGAUUGGAACCUCCUCAGGGUGUCAUUGCUCAACACGAUUCUGGGGUCUAGAAGGAUAAGUUACAAAGAUUUAAUUAAGGGCUGCCUAUCAAUUAUCUGUGAAAUGUCUCAUCUUCAUGCUGAACACAGUGAUUACAUGACAUUACCAAAAAGCUCAUCAGCGGAGCUAUUCAAAUCACUUGAUACUGCUGGUGCAAUUUCUUUUCCUGAAGUAAGAAAGUGUUUAUUGAGAGCUUUGCAGAAAUUUCUGCUGAUGGCCAUGGAGCUGGAUACAUCAAGGAAGAAAGCAGAUAUUCAAGGUCUUACUACCAGAGCUGACGGUGUGAGGACCCCUGUGGUGGAAAUUAUUCAAGAUGAACUUACUUACAACAGAGAUGCAAUUUCCCCAUUUUUCCAGGUCUUUAAUGAACCCCAAUGGAAGAUGGAAAUACUUCUGCAGUAUUUUCAGAAGUAUAUUGCUAAACCUUCAGUCCUCACGCGGAGGUCAAGCGAGCCUAUAGAAGAUGCAACUUUUGAUGGAGUUUUGAAGUGCUUUUCAAAUAUCAACAGUGUGAAGAGUAUCAUAAAGAAAAUCAGUAUAGAAGUAGCACAAUUGCUUUUGGCACACACGUUUCAGGCAUAUUUAUCAUUAUCAUUCCAACCUUCUGCUGAUGCCAGCUAUAAGUCUAAGGAAGAUGUCAGAGACAGCUCCAUGGCUGAAGUUUGCAAGAACAUAAUUUCUGCUUUUGUGAAUCUUAGAAGAAUUGACGAGCGGGUGGAAAUUUUGCCUUUUGGAAAAGAAGCAUUGUUUACAGCAGCAACCAUCCUGUCAACUAAAUCAUAGGAGGAGAAAAGCUAUUGCCGGUUGAUUCCAUUUUGACUUGAGAUGAACAAAAGGGAAACCAUAUUGCAAGCAGGGGCCGGUGAACAUGAAAACAAGUUUCUGUUUUGGCACAGGUGUUGUGUAGGACGUGAUACAUGAUGCAUUCCAACAAACUAAAAGUAGGGCUGCAGUUAUGUGUUUUUUUUUGGUAAUAUAUCCUUUCAUUGAUAACCAACCAAUAUAGGAUCAAAGAGCAUACCUUGGAAAACAAGACCAACCAAAGCAAAGCACUCUGGUUUAUGCCAGGAACUACAACCAGGAGGAACUAAGAAACAAAGCCCAACUACCUCAAAACCGUGGAGCUAGUUGCAGGGAAGAACAAUGAAAGAAGCAUUCCAAUUGAAAUGGACAAGCCUAAGCCUUUUUGCAUCAGCUUUUUCACAUGCCUCCAUAUGCUUGCAGGCACUCAAAUCAGUAGCAAACCUAAUCUGGUUAUGAUCUCCAUAGUAUAAGACUUUGUUUUUGAAAGAUUCUUCUGUUUCUUUCACACCAGAUGUUUUUAUUUUUCUUUUAUUGGCUCCGCUCACACCAGAUUUUGUAGAGGACUGCAGCCCUGGAAAGCUGGAAAAUUGAACUCUUAAAAUCCACACUUCUGUUUUGUAUACCCCAUACAUCUUCAUUGGGAAGAUUGAAGGCAGUUCUAUCUGUCAUUCUCCAAGUGGUUCCAAACACCAACAGAGUAUGGACAUCUGAUAAGUGGUGAUGAUUGGCCAUCAGUGGUGAUCCCCCAACAAACAGCCUAAGAUAGCACUCCAUUCAAUUAUGGCCAUCUCGGCACAUGACCGGGAAACCAAACAAUUUGAAAAUUUCCUGGUGAAGAAGACAAUGAUAUCCCCAUAUUUUUGGUGAAGACGACCUAGAGGAUAUGCCAAUUAUCAAGCUACAAAUAAAUUGUGUCCAUCUCCAACUACAUACUUGAUCAAGGCUGUGCAUCGGGCCUCAAUCUGAAAGUUUUCUUGAUUGUCCAUGAGGCAUUGCUUGGAGCUCUCAUGGUCCCAUCUGUAGUAUCCCAUGUCAUACUCAGAAUAUACAUGAAAAAACCAUUGAAUGAACAUUCUUAUGCCAUCG